AUGGAAGCAGCGAAAAAAGAUUCGCAGAUGCUGUCGACGUCUAUCCAGCCAAACCUCGCGUCAGCUAACACAGUGUCACGCGAUGCAGCUGUGAACCCGAAGUGGAAGACUGGCACCAUCUCGUGUUUUCGUUGCGGAGCCGAGCAUUACGCCACACAGUGCCAUCAUGCAAGUACCACUUGUCACAAGUGUCGGGGAAAGGGGCAUCUGGCACGAGUGUGCAAGGGGAAAACAGCGGAUGCAACCGCCGGCGGCCCGACGACGUCCACUAGAAUACCGAGAUCGGUCCACACCUUGGACGGAGCAAGCCAGUCGCACGAUGUCUCACUGCCAGAAGUCUACGAGAUGUGGGAAAUGUCAUCUUCUGCAGUCGACGGCCAACCUUUUCGAGUGGAAGUUACGGUGAACGGGACUCCAUUGCUGAUGGAACUUGACACGGGAGCUAGCGUGUCUGUUGUGUCUGAGGAGACAUUUCGACGCGAAUUUCCAUCAAGGCAGCUGGACCCUUCGCGCAUCAUGCUGAAAAGCUAUUCAGGUGAACUUUCCCCAGUUCAGGGAAGCCUUACUGCAACGGUGAGACUUGGAAACCGCGAAUGUCAGGACAUCCUGUAUGUUGUCCCUGGCACCUGCCCAUCUCUGCUAGGACGUGGCUGGAUGAAAGGCCUUGGCAUCAAGCUUUCCAACGCGAAGGAUGUCAACUUCGUGACUUCUGUUGCGAACCUCGUUGCUGAAUACUCCAGUAUCUUUGAUGAAGGUCUGGGAACUUUCAAGGGGGUGGCCGCAAAGAUAAAUCUUCAGGACAACGCCAAACCAAGGUUUUUCAAGCCUCGUUCAAUGGUCGGUGUUGGAGACGUCAUGAAGGACAUCUGCGUCCUGACCUAUCCCAAGCUAGGGCAUCAUCGGGUCCGCGACCAGAGCCGGUGGAUCAGGCCGCUCCUCCUAAUGGAAAUGUGCCUGUACCACUAG